AUGUAUGAGUUUUUCAAGAUGAAACCGUAGGAGAGCAUUCAAGAUAUGUAUACAAGAUUGAAUGACAUAGUCACCAAUCUCAAGGCUCUUGGUAAAGUCUAUCCUCCUCAAGAAGUGGUGAGAAAGGUUCUUAGAAGCUUGCCUAAGAGUUGGGAAGCCAAGAAGACGGCAAUUGAAGAAUAUAAGGAUCUCAACACUCUCAAGCUUGAAGAUCUCAUUGGUAAAUUGAUGACAUAUGAGAUAGAAGUUCAAGGUGAUGGUGGAGUUGAAAUAAUUGAGAAGAAGAAGAAUGUUGCAUUCAAGGCUAGCAACCAAAAGGAAAAGAGUGAAGAUGAUGCUAGUGAUGGUGAAAACUUCUCCUCCUUAAUCUCUAAAGAAAUGGGGCACUAUAGAAAUGAAUGCCCCAAAUUGAAGAAAGGUGAGAAGAAAGACAAGAAGAGCAUGAAGAAGAAAGCAUUUGCUGCCACUUGGAGCGAUGAUGAAACUAGCUCAACGGAAAGUGAAAGCUCCUUGGAGAAAGGUGUUGCAAAUCUUUGCUUCAUGGCUCAAGAGGAUAGCAACAAUGAUGAGGAGGUGUGCCUUGUGAGCAAAAUGAAGAACAAAUGGUAUCUAGAUAGUGGAUGCUCAAGGCACAUGACGGGUGAUCCUUCACAAUUCUCAUCACUCAUGCCCUUGGAUGGUGGAACUGUGACCUUUGGUGACAAUGGGAAAGGAAUUGUGAAAGGAAUUGGUAAAAUUGGUAACAAAUCUAUUUCUUUUGAUGAUGUUUGAGGAAGAGUUGAUACCACCUUGUUUGUGAAAAACAAAGGCCAAGAUAUACUAAUUGUCCAAAUCUAUGUUGAUGAUAUUGUGUUUGGUGCUACUAAUGAUUUUCUUUGUCAAGAGUUUUCCAAAGCUAUGCAAGGUGAAUUGGAAAUGAGCAUGAUGGGUGAGCUCAACUUCUUCUUGGGACUUCAAAUCAAACAAUCCAAAGAAGGCAUCUUCAUUAACCAAAGCAAGUAUACAAAGGAAAUGCUUAAGAAGUUUGGCAUAGAGACUUGUAAGCCAAUAGCUACUCCUAUGAGCAUUUCAAUUAAUCUAGACAAGGAUGAAGGAGAUUUCAAGCUUGUCCUAAGGAGUCACACUUAAUUGCAGUUAAAAGAGUCUUUAGGGAGUUUAUUGGUUGAUGACUGUAUUCAUGACUUUGGUUAUCUAUGGUGCUAUAUUGAUGAUGAUUGAUGAUUAUAUUCAUUACAUAUUCUUGAUGCUUUAAAGGUUGAUAGCAUGAAUUAAGGGGGAGCAUUUUGUGCUUAAAUUACUUUUCUUAAUGGUUAUCAUGCUUAAAUGCUUUAAAGAUUGAUGUGCAUGAAUUAAAGGGGAGUUUGUUGAUUAUGUGCUUUUUGAUGAAUGACAAAAAGGGGGAGAGAAUAUGCUGAAUUUAAUGUCAUU